AUAUGAGCACGAAAACAGUUAUAAUUUAGCAACAUUUGAUUUCUAAAUAAGUUAUUGGUCGUUAUUUAUUUAACAUUCAAACACAGAAUGAUCCAAAAUCCCGUGAUAAUACAGAAAAACAACUGUUUCUCUGUAAAAAGCCGUCCAUAUUGCAAAAAGUAUUGAUAAUUAACAGUGUUAGCAUGGUUAAUAGCAGACUGCACGGACUGACACAGAUUUGAGGAAUUGAAUAGUGGCGCGUGUUUCCCGCGUGGGAUCAGCUGACACAAGCACGCGGAAGAAGUACAUUACAACGCUAAGUUCCUAGUGAGCUAACUUAAGGGUUCAUUUUGACAACAAAACAUACAUUUUGGUCUUAUGAACAGAAGAAAUUAAGGUUUUGUGGUGUUCCUAUCUACAUGCUCUGUAAACCCUGAGUUGUCAUUUGGCUACAAUGGCAGAAUCAAUGGUUGUAGUGAAUGGAAGUCAGGUGUCUUGCAUUGGCCAUGAUUUGGAAGACAUUCCAGAUUUUCUUGGGAUAAAAUAUGGAGAAUUGGCAAGAAGAUUAGAUCUCAGCUUCAACCAACUGAAGUCACUGACAGGCCUGAAAGUGUUCAGCCAACUGGAAGAGCUGAUUGUGGACAACAAUCUUCUCGGAAAUGACCUCCGGUUGCCCAGGUUACCACGGCUCCAUACCCUAACGCUCAAUAAGAACCAACUCACAGACAUCGAAGGCCUGCUGGAAAAUUUGGUAGAAGCGACCCCAGCCCUGGAAUACCUCAGCCUUCUGGGAAACGAGGCCUGUCCUAACCAGCUGGUCAGCAUGGAUAAAGAUGAGGACGAUUAUCAGAGAUACAGGUUCUUUGUUCUACAUAAACUGACAAGUCUGAAGUUCCUGGACACCCGGAAAGUGACCCAGUGGGAGCGGUCAGAGGCCCAAACACGAGGAGCUUUCAUGAAGGUGGUCAAGCCUAAAAAUGACGAAAACAUCAGUGAUGAUGUGAAGUCUGAAUCCUCCAGAACGCCAUACAACCCUUUACCACGAGGAUCCAAAGAUGCCAAAAACCACAAAGGGGUUUUCACCAAGUGCCGUUACGUCUACUACGGCAAGCACUCGGAGGGCAAUCGAUUCAUCCGCGAAGACCAGCUCUGACUGACAGACAGGUCAAUGGAUAAACACGCAAGGGGGCUUAACAAAGAUAUCCUCCACAUAUUAUUAUAAAUAUACACGUUGCCACACGCAUUUUUAACAAGCCAAACACAGCCCCCUAGUGCCGUCUACUGAGUGAGCCUUCAAUGCCACCUCUCAUCCUUCUCGCUCCGGCUGAGCCCUGCCAUCCAGAUUGACAUGAUUGCCUUUAAGCAGCCCCGCCACGCAGCGGUGACAGACACGCGUACGGCCAAGUGCUCGUCCUGACAGCAGCGCCUCUGUGAUGGAUUGCCUGAUCCAACUGCUGCUCUCCCCUGGUCAAAGGUCCCACCUGAGGCUGCGGGCUGCCCACACGAAGAGCUUCUCUCAAAGUCAAAGAUAAAGUUAUAGAGAAAGAUGAGGGGAAAGUGUUGCUUUUGUUGCAGUAUACUUCAUCUACUAUUAAAACUAAAGCUUAUUACAUUGCGCAUCAUUGCCGUAGGCAUCACUGUAGGUAUAAUGUCAGUUUAUUUUUUUUUAUGUAUUUUAGAAGUUGGCUAAUUUGUAUUAAUUUGUACGAUUUUUCGAAAUAAAAUAUCAAUGACCCCUAACCCGGUCACAUAAAACAUACAAAUUUGAUCCUACAAAUAAGUCACUUUGUAACAUAUGUAAAACAUUUGUGUUAUAAUACACAUCAUGUUUUACUUGUAAAAAUAUUGUCUAGAAAGUUUUCUUUAAUUUUUUUCCUGUUUUUCAUAUUCAUCAUGAUUAUUUUUCAGAAGUGGAGUUGAGAAUCUGUGGCAUGUGUAUGUUUAUGUGAGUUGCAUGUGUGUGUGAGAUUUUGGGUGUUGCGGGGGCAGUUGUUGUGGUGCAGGAGCCUGGAGGAGCUGUGAAAGGAGGUAAUGAGCUUUGCUUUAUUUUAUUCUUUCUCCGGAGGAACAGAGCAAAGAGAGACAGCAGCUCUGCCAGUGAAAUGGAGGAGGAUGAUGUGUGUCUGUGUGUGUGUGUGGAGUCAACAACUUUCCUCGCUCUUUUUGAUUGUUUCCUCAUGUCAUUUUUGGAUCAGUGUUAAUGACUUUCUCUUAUUCUCUGUUUGUUUUUGAUAAUCCAAGAAUGUCUUUAAAAUGUGUCUUGAAAGCUACGGCAACAGUGGCCAGCAGUUUAGUUUACUAACAGAGGCCAAAAAUUUGGAAAUGUAAUUAAAUUAGUAUUACUGGUGAUGUUUAAUAUUUGCCCUGCAGUUUCUUUUUUUAACACGUGUUCUUAAACAUCACAUUCCAUAUUUUUAGUUUUUGCACUCGUUUUCAUAUUCUGCACUAGACUAACCACAAAUCCACAGAAAAUGUAAAGAUAUGCAAGUGUAGAGAGAGCAGAUGAACUAAUGAACUGCAUUCUGUUUGAUGGAGAGGAUCUUAAUGGUUGUACAUGUUCCUUAUAUAGGAUCUUCUUCAAACAAUGGCGGCAAAAUUUUUUCGUAUUUAUAAGAAAAUAUUGAUGCAUCGUGAUAUUUUGUUAGGCAUUACUGUGUCUAUUCUCAAAAAUGCAAUAUCCUUUUUAUUAUUUUUUAGAGCAGUGGUCUCCAUCAUGGUGCCCGUACAGAGUCUGUGAGUUGCCCGCCAAAGCACAUUCUAUUAAUUGUCUCAAUUGUAAUAUUUAUUCAUUACAUAUUUUUACAUUAGCUUAAUUGGCUUCUUUUAUGUAUGUUAACAUUUUAAACAAUAAUAAAAAACAACAAUCAACAAAUAUCAACAAGUAAAAUAAAAUAAGUAAAACAAAACAGUUUUGAAUAGACUAUAUCAAAAAGUAGCCCUCUAGAUUGUUUUAUCUGUUGUUGGAGACCCCUGGUUUAGAGUAUUUAUCUUCUUACCAUCUGAAUUUAAACAGUGACAGGAAGUAUUAGCAUAGGGGCACGCUACACAUUUUUUUUUUUUUUUUUGCUAAGGUUUGCAAAUGGUUGUGUGUUCUCAAUGACAGCUUUCCUAAAAUGAUAUACUAUUAUAUUCCUAAAAUAGGAAAUAUUGUCACGCUUUACAGUAUCGCAACGUAUUACAACCUAUGUAUGUGGACAAGUGUUGCGAAUUAGCACUCGUGCUAAAACACUUAAACAAUGCAUCUGGUUUGUCCAAUGUAAUUGUUAUGUCCAUAUCAAAUAAAUUGUUAUCAACGUAUCAUGAUAUGUAUCAUAUCAAGAGAUUCUUGUCGAUACAAAGCCCUAAUAGAACUUCUCACCAAAACUUACCGCCUAAUUUACAUUUUACGCAAAUUCAUUUGUUUCAUAAAAUUGUUCUUAUGUUAGUGAAUUUGGAGUGUUUACACGCCCGAACCAGCUCCGCUUUCCAGAACAAAAAUAUAUAAUGUUAUUGAAGCAAAAAAGCAGGUUGAGUGAUUGAUGUAUGGACUUCUCAUAAAAUUUACAUUAUGUUUACAUUUAGGCAUUAAAGGUGGGGUGCAUGAUCUCUGAAAGCCAAUGUUGACAUUUGAAAUCACCUAAACAAACACCCCAAUGGAACUUGAACCUUCUUUUGAUAGACCCGCCCCACACAUACGCAACCCAGGCAAUGAUGGCGGUUAGUAGACACGCCCCUUACUACUGAUUGGCUACAAGUGUGUUUUGGUAGUCGGCCUGACUCCCUUUUUCAAAGUGUUUUUCAAAAAUCAUGCAGCCCGCCUUUAAGCAGACACUUUUAUAAAGAUUUAAAGCAGAAGUGAGCAAAGCAUGAAGAAUUCUCACACUUAUCUGUGUAGAAAUAAUAUGUAAUAUAAUAGAUAUGCAAGUAUUACACAUCAGAUUAUAUUAUAAUAUACAUUAUAAUUAGAAAGUAUUUGAUUAUUGCGUAUGUGUGUUUUAGUUGUUUUUAAUUUUCUUGUACAUUUAGAGAAAUUUUUGUAUAAAAGUUUUAGUUGAAAACAUUUCAUACACAAAUUUGCAUUCACGCUUAGUAAAUGAGACCCAAUUUUUUUCUAAUUCUUGUCAAAUUCAUUAUACAUUUUGUCACUCUAAUUAAGAGAAAUAUUUGAUAAACAUGAAAUAUUUCACUUUUAAGUAAAAAAUGUAUGUAGUAAACAAUCUUACAAAAUAGUUUAAAUGCAUAUCUAAAAUCUUGAUUGUCAAUGUUGAUGUCUGUAAUGAAAAUAUGUCAUGGAUAUUUUGUGCUGAAAUUAUUGUACAGUUUAUUCAGUAUCACUGUUUAAUUGAUCAUGAAACAUAUUUUUUGUGUUUACUUUUAUCUUUAA